AUACAGAUUCUUGAGGAACCUACUCAACUUUUUUCAAAAGUAGAGGUUCCUCUCAUUUCUAAUGUAAUUCCUAUGUUGCUUGACAUUUGUCAGGCACUUGAAUGUACUAGUAAGAAUGAGAAUUUGCCUAACAUUCUUUGUAUUGCUGCUAGAGCUGGAAUACUUGUUUGUGACAAGUACUUCACUCUCACUAGAGAGUGUGAAGUAUAUUUUAUUACUGUUAGUAUGUUAUUUACAUUCUUAAAAUUGUAA